AUGUAUGAAGAUAUUCCUGUGUCUGCCGACAGUUUUCCGAUAAAUCAAGACAUUUUAAAUGGCACAGCCAAUGAAGAUUUCAGUAAAGCUUUCAAGGAAUUACGGAGCAGCUCCUGUGGGAACCCUGGAGUACCACCGAAGGGUGUUCUGUCUGGAAUAAAGUUUGAUAUUGGCGACAAAAUCCAAUAUAGUUGUGUAACAGGAUACAUUUUGGAUGGUCAUCCACUGCUUACGUGUAUAGCAAAUUCAGCAAACACAGCAUCUUGGGAUUUCCCUGUUCCUAUAUGCAGAGCUGAAGACGCUUGUGGGGGCACUGUACGAGGAACCAAUGGAAUCAUCUCAAGCCCUGGAUUUCCUAAUGAAUACCACAACAACGCUGACUGCACAUGGACGAUUUUCACAGAACCUGGAGACACCAUAUCGCUUGUUUUUACGGAUUUCCAGAUGGAGGAAAAAUAUGAUUACUUAGAAGUUGAAGGAUCUGAGCCACUGAAAAUAUGGUAAGAUUAUC